GAGAAGCGAGCCGGUUCUGCCGGGGGGCUCGGGCACGGCUGGGCCGAUGCAUCGGGGACUUUGUGCGGCCGCAGCCGCCGCCGCCCCGCCCGAGGGCUGCGACGGCGUGGAGGUGCCGUUUUCGGCCGGGCGACGGGGCCCGGCCCCGGCCGUUCCGCGCAGUAGUCCGGAGGAGGAGGAGGAACGACUGGAGCGGGAGCAUUUCUGGAAGAUCAUCAACGCCUUCCGCUACUACGGAACAAGUAUGCAUGAACGGGUCAACCGAACAGAGAGGCAUUUUCGAUCUCUCCCAGCUACCCAACAGAACCUACUUCCUCAAUUUCUUCUGCACCUGGACAAGAUUCGGAAAUGCAUUGAUCAUAAUCAGGGGAUUCUCCAGACCAUUGUGAAUGACUGCAUACAUAUGUUUGAAAAUAAGGAGUAUGGAGAAGAUGGAAAUGGAAUGAUUAUGCCAGCGUCAACGUUUGACAUGGAUAAAUUGAAAUCUACGUUGAAGCAGUUUGUAAGAGACUGGAGUGAUUCUGGGAAAGCUGAGAGGGAGGCCUGCUACCAGCCAAUCAUUAAAGAAAUUUUGAGAAACUUUCCAAAAGAGAGAUGGGAUACCUCCAAAGUAAAUAUUCUCGUUCCUGGUGCUGGAUUAGGAAGAUUGGCCUGGGAAAUAGCUAUGUUAGGUUAUGCUUGCCAAGGAAACGAAUGGAGUUUCUUUAUGCUCUUUUCGUCUAACUUUGUCCUCAACAGAUGUUCCGAAAUUAACACAUAUAAACUUUACCCCUGGAUUCAUCAGUUUAGCAAUAACAGACGGUCUGCUGAUCAGAUACGACCGGUCCACUUCCCUGACGUUGACCCGCACAGUCUUCCUUCUGGGUCAAAUUUUUCCAUGACAGCAGGGGAUUUUCAGGAGAUAUACUCAGAAUGCAAUGCUUGGGAUUGUAUCGCUACCUGCUUCUUCAUUGACACAGCCCACAAUGUCAUUGACUACAUUGACACAAUAUGGAAAAUACUCAAGCCAGGAGGAAUUUGGAUAAAUCUAGGCCCUCUGCUGUACCACUUCGAAAAUUUGGCCAAUGAACUCUCCAUAGAAUUGAGCUACGAAGAUAUAAGAAGUGUGGUUCUGCAGUAUGGAUUCCAUAUAGAGAUGGAGAAAGAAUCUGUUUUGUCGACAUACACGGUGAAUGAGCUCUCCAUGAUGAAAUAUUACUAUGAAUGUGUGUUGUUCGUGGUUCGGAAACCAGAGAAACAGCCUCAAGAGGACUCUUCAGGAAAAAAAUGCUUAAAGGAGCAAGUGCAGAAAUAACACAGAACCGACUGUUGGUAGUGACAGGACACAAUCUCACAUCAGUGGUGCCUUCUUAUUCCUAACAGGAUUUAGAUAGAUUCUCUAUUUUCUUAAUAAUGGUCUUGCUACCCAAACAAAUGUACUAUGCCGUGCAUAUUUGAGCUACGUGAAUGAAAGUGGAGAAAA